AUGGAUACAAGUCCAAACACAGAUUUCGCAACCAAAGGAUCUCCCGCCCCCACAACGGGUCCAACGACAGAUAAAGCUAUAGAUGUCAGCACAGGGUAUUACAGCUCCACAGCGGGUCCAACGACAGAUAUAGCUAUAGAUGUCAGCACAGGGUAUUACAGCUCCACAGCGGGUCCAACGACAGAUAUAGCUAUAGAUGUCAGCACAGGGUAUUACAGCUCCACAGCGAGUCCAACGACAGAUAUAGCUAUAGAUGUCAGCACAGGGUAUUACAGCUCCACAGCGGGUCCAACGACAGAUAUAGCUAUAGAUGUCAGCACAGGGUAUUACAGCUCCACAGCGAGUCCAACGACAGAUAUAGCUAUAGAUGUCAGCACAGGGUAUUACAGCUCCACAGCGGGUCCAACGACAGAUAAAGCUAUAGAUGUCAGCACAGGGUAUUACAGCUCCACAGCGAGUCCAACGACAGAUAUAGCUAUAGAUGUCAGCACAGGGUAUUACAGCUCCACAGCGAGUCCAACGACAGAUAUAGCUAUAGAUGUCAGCACAGGGUAUUACAGCUCCACAGAGGGUCCAACGACAGAUAUAGCUAUAGAUGUCAGCACAGGGUAUUACAGCUCCACAGCGAGUCCAACGACAGAUAUAGCUAUAGAUGUCAGCACAGGGUAUUACAGCUCCACAGCGAGUCCAACGACAGAUAUAGCUAUAGAUGUCAGCACAGGGUAUUACAGCUCCACAGCGGGUCCAACGACAGAUAUAGCUAUAGAUGUCAGCACAGGGUAUUACAGCUCCACAGCGAGUCCAACGACAGAUAUAGCUAUAGAUGUCAGCACAGGGUAUUACAGCUCCACAGCGGGUCCAACGACAGAUAUAGCUAUAGAUGUCAGCACAGGGUAUUACAGCUCCACAGCGGGUCCAACGACAGAUAUAGCUAUAGAUGUCAGCACAGGCUCCACAGCGGGUCCAACGACAGAUAUAGCUAUAGAUGUCAGCACAGGGUAUUACAGCUCCACAGCGGGUCCAACGACAGAUAAAGCUAUAGAUGUCAGCACAGGGUAUUACAGCUCCACAGCGGGUCCAACGACAGAUAUAGCUAUAGAUGUCAGCACAGGGUAUUACAGCUCCACAGCGGGUCCAACGACAGAUAUAGCUAUAGAUGUCAGCACAGGCUCCACAGCGGGUCCAACGACAGAUAUAGCUAUAGAUGUCAGCACAGGGUAUUACAGCUCCACAGCGGGUCCAACGACAGAUAAAGCUAUAGAUGUCAGCACAGGGUAUUACAGCUCCACAGCGGGUCCAACGACAGAUAUAGCUAUAGAUGUCAGCACAGGGUAUUACAGCUCCACAGCGGGUCCAACGACAGAUAUAGCUAUAGAUGUCAGCACAGGGUAUUACAGCUCCACAGCGGGUCCAACGACAGAUAUAGCUAUAGAUGUCAGCACAGGGUAUUACAGCUCCACAGCGGGUCCAACGACAGAUAUAGCUAUAGAUGUCAGCACAGGCUCCACAGCGGGUCCAACGACAGAUAAAGCUAUAGAUGUCAGCACAGGGUAUUACAGCUCCACAGCGAGUCCAACGACAGAUAUAGCUAUAGAUGUCAGCACAGGGUAUUACAGCUCCACAGCGGGUCCAACGACAGAUAUAGCUAUAGAUGUCAGCACAGGGUAUUACAGCUCCACAGCGAGUCCAACGACAGAUAUAGCUAUAGAUGUCAGCACAGGGUAUUACAGCUCCACAGCGGGUCCAACGACAGAUAUAGCUAUAGAUGUCAGCACAGGGUAUUACAGCUCGAAAGAGGAUCCAACGACUUAUAUUGCCGGAGAUGUCAGCACAGUCACAAAGGUCCCCGAUGGUGAGAAAUAA